GGGCACACGGCUCUCUAGCUGUAACAGAGGAAAGUGGUAGCCAGAGAGAGGAACCAGAAAUAAACAUCUUGUGUUGCAACACGUGCAAAAGGCCGUACGAGGAGUCCGCAGCGGAGGGGUGCGUCGCGAAGCGUGUGAAACACGAUGAGGUGUGCUCGGCACCGGCAGUCGGCGGGGAUAAAUUUUCAUACAUGGGUGACUUUGCAGUUGUUUAUACAGAUGGUUGUUGCUCAGGUAAUGGACGAAACAGGGCACGUGCAGGAAUAGGUGUCUACUGGGGACCAGGCCACCCUUUAAAUACUAGUGAAAGACUUCCUGGACGGCAGACUAAUCAAAGAGCAGAAAUACAUGCAGCCUGCAAAGCAAUCGAGCAAGCAAAGAGUCAAAACAUCAAGAAACUAAUUAUCUACACUGAUAGCAAGUUCACUAUUAAUGGUAUUACCAGUUGGGUUGACAACUGGAAAACAAAUGGCUGGAGAACAAGUUCAGGAGGAAGUGUAAUUAAUAAAGAAGAUUUUGAAAGACUUGAUAAUCUAUCAAAAGACAUAGAAAUCCAGUGGAUGCACAUUCCUGGUCACGCUGGCUUCCAAGGAAAUGAAGAAGCUGACAGACUAGCAAGAGAAGGAGCUAGUAAAUAGCAGUCCUGAAGUACUGGGACUAGAGACUGUUGGAUUGGGAGGAAAAGGACUAACAUCACAGUGACAGCUUGAACUGGUGUAAUUGUUUCAGAGUAGAACUUUGAACUGUACUGCUUUCUGGCCUGAAGUGUAAAAUAUAUACCAACUGCUGGGGAGAGAAACCCCA